CCCACGGGAAGGGGAGGGUCCACCCAUUCUCACCGCCCUCUAUGGCCAUAUAUGGUCCGUCUGGCGGUUUGGCGUGCGGCUACAUCCACCCGGCGAAAAGUGGACACGAGACAUCCGUGUGCUCCGGAGACCAGUAACACAUUAUCCAGAUUUUCACAACCAUGCCAUCCGACUUAGCCAAGAAGAAGGCAGCAAAGAAGAAGGAGGCUGCCAAAGCCCGCCAGCGUACCAAGAAAGCUGAUGAGCUAAAUGGGGAGGGUGAACAAGAGACCCAGCUUAAUGGAGCAGAGAGCAAUGGGGUCGCCAGUUUGACAAAGGAGCUGGAUGAAUUUGAGCUAGCAAAGACUGAGGCACGCGCAGUGACUGGCGUUCUGGCCUCACACCCCAACAGCACUGAUGUCCACAUUAGCAGCCUGUCGCUCACCUUCCACGGUCAAGAGCUGCUAGCAGACACCAGCCUGGAGCUCAACUCAGGCAGACGCUAUGGUCUUAUUGGCCUUAAUGGCACAGGAAAGUCCAUGCUGUUGUCAGCCAUCGGGCAUCGUGAGAUUCCAAUUCCAGAGCACAUAGAUAUCUACCACUUGACCCGGGAGAUGGCCCCCAGCGAAAAGACCGCUCUGCAGUGUGUCAUGGAGGUGGAUGAACAGAGGAUUAUGCUGGAGAAGGAGGCAGAGAGGCUUGCCCAUGAGGACUCUGAAUGUGAGAAGCUGAUGGAGCUGUAUGAGCGUCUGGAGGAGCUGGAUGCAGACAAGGCAGAGGUGCGAGCCUCUCGGAUCCUCCAUGGUUUGGGUUUCACCGCUGCUAUGCAGCAGAAGAAACUGAAGGACUUCAGUGGAGGAUGGAGGAUGCGUGUAGCUCUGGCCAGAGCCCUGUUCAUCAAACCCUUCAUGCUGUUGCUUGACGAGCCCACUAACCACCUGGAUCUGGAUGCUUGUGUGUGGUUGGAGGAGGAGCUUCGUUCGUUCAAGCGAAUCCUUGUGCUCAUCUCACACUCUCAAGACUUCCUGAACGGUGUGUGCACCAACAUCAUCCACUUGCAUCAGAGGAAACUGAAGUACUACACAGGUAACUAUGACCAGUACGUGAAGACCAGAGAGGAGCUGGAAGAGAACCAGAUGAAGCGCUUCAACUGGGAACAGGACCAGAUUACACACAUGAAGAAUUACAUUGCCAGGUUUGGUCACGGCUCUGCAAAGCUGGCACGACAGGCUCAGAGCAAAGAGAAGACGCUGCAGAAGAUGGUGGCCUCAGGCUUGACUGAAAAAGUUGUGAAUGACAAGACUCUGUCAUUUUAUUUUCCUCCCUGUGGGAAGAUUCCUCCUCCUGUUAUCAUGGUUCAGAACGUGAGCUUCAAGUACAGUGACAACACACCACACAUAUAUAAAAACCUGGAGUUUGGUAUUGACUUGGAUACACGAGUGGCACUGGUGGGGCCCAAUGGAGCAGGGAAGUCCACCCUGCUAAAGCUGCUGAUGGGAGAGCUCCUUCCCACCGACGGCAUGAUCCGCAAACAUUCUCACGUCAAGAUUGGCAGAUAUCACCAGCAUCUGACAGAGCAACUGGAACUGGACCUGUCUCCUCUGGAGUACAUGAUGAAGUGUUUCCCUGAGAUCAAAGAAAAAGAGGAGAUGAGGAAGAUCAUUGGUCGCUAUGGGCUUACGGGAAAACAGCAGGUCAGUCCGAUCCGGAACUUGUCAGAUGGUCAGAAGUGCCGGGUGUGUUUUGCCUGGCUGGCCUGGCAGAACCCUCACAUGCUGUUCCUUGACGAGCCCACCAAUCACUUGGAUAUCGAGACCAUCGACGCUUUGGCAGAAGCUGUCAACGAGUUUGAAGGUGGCAUGAUGCUGGUUAGCCACGACUUCAGGCUAAUUCAACAGGUGGCUCAGGAGAUCUGGGUGUGUGAGAACCAAACCAUCACAAAGUGGAACAGGGACAUCCUGGCAUACAAGGAGCACUUGAAAUCAAAGAUCGAAAAACAGCAAGCGCAUGAUAUCUAAAGAAAACGUCACACUCUGAGCCACUCCUUUAUCUUGCAUCAUGGAUUUGACCUGCAGGGGAUGAGCAGGGUUUACAUUGCAGGAAAUGUCAUUACUAGAACUCAAACAAUCUCUUAUGCAUCUUAUUGGACACGUCUCUUGUACAUGUCGUACUGUAUUUCUAUCUUGGUUUUGACAGUGCCGCACCGUGCUGAACCCCCCUCCCCCCCUUUUCCUUUCACCUCAGGCUGCACUCUGAUUGGCUGAUUCACCUGAAGCAUCUCAGUGCAUUUUGGAAUGCAUUCCAUUGUGCUGUCUUCAUAGAAAAGUUUUAUUUUUCCGAACGUUCUGUUUUAUCCCAACAUGCAGCAGCUUUUAGGUCAUAUUUUAUGAUAUUUAAAAGUUGACUUUUUUUCUGUGUAAAAAGAGCAGUUCUGCCUUAUUUAACAAUGUAAUGCAAUAAAGGGUUGUCUGAAUAAACAGAACAUAAAAACUGCA